UUCAGAACUCCAUUCAGUUCCCACCACGACCACCAAAAUGUCUGCAGUCCGUGCUCUCCGUCAGCUCUCCGGCUCGUCCCUGCGCCUUGCGCGCGUCUCGGUCGUGUCGCGCGCUGCGCCAAUUGUUGCGCGUUCGGCGCUUGGCGCGGUGACCCCGGCUGCCCGCGCAUUCUCCAUGACGGCGCGGAGGUUCGGGUCGGGUACCACUGACGUUGCGGUGUCGCAGAAGCUGCAGGAGGAGCUGCAGUACGAGGAGGAGGUCGCGGCGCAAGAGGCCGAGGAGGGUGAGCCCACCUUCCUCAAGGACUUCAAGGAGGCCGGCAACUGGAAGAUCGUCGAGGACUCCGGCAAGGAGGAGGUCACCCUGACACGCCAGUUCGGCAACGAGACCAUCAACCUCGUCUUCUCCGCGUCCGACGUGCAGUCUAUGGAGGCCGAGGAGCCCGCGCUCGAGGAGGAGGGCCAGGAGGACGAGGAGCCGAGCUCGCCGCACUCGUACCCGAUCCGCGUGUCGAUGACGCUGACGAAGCAGGCCGCGCCGGGCACGCUCUCCGUGGACAUGGUCUGCCAGGACGGGCACUUCGUCGUCGACAACAUCGCGUUCUACCGCGACUCGAAGCUCGGGUCGGAGCUGACCGCGGAGGCGGACUGGGCGCGCCGCGCGCUGUACAUCGGCCCGCAGUUCGACUCGCUGGAUAUCGGGCUGCAGGAGGAGUUCGAGAAGUUCCUGCAGGAGCGGGGGGUGAACGAGGCGUUGGCGCUGUUCAUUCCCGAGUACGCGGAGUACAAGGAGCAGAAGGAGUACGUUCGCUGGUUGAAGGAUGUCAAGAACUUCGUCGACGCAUAAUUGUUCUCCUACUCACGCUAUCCCUACUGUACUCACGCUGUAUAAUGCCUAACCUCCACUCUACGUCACGAAUAUAUGCUCCAGGUCGCACAUACUAUCGUCCUUGUCCGAAUCCCCUCACCCUGAGUGCCCACAGCAAUCCUCGCCUAAUUUAAGCCCAUGCAACGUGCAAUCCAUCGCGAAGGUGCUUGAAAGGACUGAAGUCCAUACAUUCUAACAUUUGGUUGGCUAAC